AUGAUAACAGAAAUAUAUAAGGCAUUAACUUUUUGUGUGGUAACUAGUGGAUUAGUUUUUAAUUUUUCACUAAUUUGGUUAAUUCUCCGAUAUACGAUGAAUGAAAUGAGAAUUUAUAAUCGAAUACUUUUACAAACUUGUAUUGUUGAUAUUAUUGGAAUUUUUGUAUUUGCUGCUGUUCAGCCGGUUUUUGUUUCUGAUAAUGGUAUUGGAACAGUAUGGGAAUAUGGGCCAACACAUUAUUUGCCAAAUCCCUGGCAAUCUAUUUGUUUUAUGUUUUUUGGAUUUAUUAGCAGAUUUACGACAAUGAAUAUUUGUUCUCAAUUUGUUUUUCGUUAUUUGGCCGUUGUUCGUGAAAUAAAAAUUAAAUGGAAACAUCACACAAUUAUACUUCUUGUCUCUACACUCCCCCUUAUGGUUAUUUUUGUUAUAUCGAAUAUAAUAAACCAACCAACACCAGAAAAUGAGCAUUUAACAAAUUAUGAAUUGGCUAAAAUGUUAGAACUUGAUAAUUAUACAGUAAAUAAUUAUGUUGUUGGAUUUCGUAAUCCGGUAUAUAAAUUUAUUACAAUUCUUAAUAGAAUUUGA